GCGGUGCGGCAUCUGUCAGGUUGGGCGCCCACCGCCUCGCCAUUCAAUAAGACGAUGAAGAAGAACACCCAUCUCGGCUAACUUGCUAAAAAAAAAGUAAACAAGUCUGACGCAAAGUUCACACGUAGCCUUUCAAACAUGAAGGAAGACAAGGAAAACACACGUCCCAGGGAGAAAAGGGUGGAAAUAAUGUGCGAUGAUGUAGAAAAGGCGGAGAAAUUGAAGGAAAAAAAGGAGACCAUGACAAAGAUUGUGAUUAGAAGAUUGCCACCAAGCCUAACUAAAGACGAGCUGGAGGAGCAGCUGCAACCACUCCCAGAAGUGGACUACCUGGAGUUCUUCUCCAAUGACACCAGCCUUUACCCUCACCUCUUUGCAAGGGCAUACAUCAACUUCAAGAACCAGGAAGAUAUUGUUCUAUUUAGGGAUCGCUUUGAUGGCUAUGUGUUCAUUGACAAUAGAGGACAGGAGUACCCUGCUAUUGUGGAGUUUGCGCCUUUCCAAAAGACGUCCAAAAAGAAAAUGAAGAAAAAGGACGCCAAGUGUGGAACAAUAACUGACGAUCCGGAUUACAAAAAAUUUCUGGAUUAUUAUAACGGAGAUGAUGAGAAAUUGACAUCAACGCCUGAGACGUUGCUAGAAGAGAUUGAAGCCAGAUCAAAGGAAUUAGUUGCUAAAAAGACAACUCCUCUGUUGGACUUCCUGAAGAAUAAACAGAGAAUCAGAGAGGAGAAGAAAGAGGAGAGGAGGAGAAGGGAGCUUGAACGUAAACGCCUUCGCGACGAGGAGCGCCGCAAGUGGAGAGAGGAGCGCAAACGCAAAGGCGCGGACAAGAUGAAGAAACUGGACAAGCUGCCAGAAAGCGACAAAGACCAAGUCAAAGAGGAGCCAAAAAUCAAACUGCUGAGGAAGCCCGACAGAGGAGAAGAAGCUGACACGGACAAAACUAAGGAGAAGUUUAAAAAAUCAGAUAGGCCGAUCAAAGAAGACAGAACUACGGGCGGUGGAGAUCAGAAGAGACGUCAGCAUGAGAACAGGGAAGAGCGAGGAAAGAAACCAGAUGAGGAGGGCCGCAAGGAGUUCCGGGAGCGUGACGGCGACCGCGAGCCAGACAAGGAGCGGCGCCAGAAGGAGAAGGAACGCAUAAGGCGGCAGGAAGAGGAGCGACGGCGCAGGAGGGAGAAGCAGGAUGUGGAGAACGCCGGCAGGAGGCGAGUGGAGGAGGACGGGGCCAAGAAGGAGCGAGAGCGUCCGUCGGACAGGAAACGCGGCGACAACGUGACCGAGUCUGUACAUGCUGAGAAGAUGGAGAGACCCCCUAGAGAAAAUAAGAAGGAUGACAGCAGCAAAAGAGAGAGGCUUCGGAAUAAAGAUCGUCCUGCUAUCCAGCUGUACCAGCCUGGAGCCAGAAGUCGGCAUCGACCAGCAGGAGGCGGAGGAGGGGGUGACUCCCUCUCUGCGGACAGGAAGCCAGACGCAGAGAUGAAGAAAGCAUCUGACAAAGGCGAGGACUGAGCAAAAAAAAAAAAUCGUCAGUAUUUGGAGCGUCCGUAAGUUUGGCGAGGAGAGCUCAGCUCAGCUCAAUGUGUGGCCUCAGGGCUGCGUGAGCCGAUGAUGGCUUCUCGCUAGCUCUCCGUGGAUGAGGCCCUGAUGGGAUCUAGUGGAGCCUGGCAGUGCCUCAAAGUGACCCUCUUUAGUUUGAUUUUGUUAGGAAAGACAACAUUUUGUCUGCAGGGCACUUAAAGUCAAGCCAAAGCUUUGUUAGGCCAUCAAAAAACCUCCAAAGUGACCUUAUAAAUAUUUCAGUAUUGUUGCAGAUGUUCCAUUUUCAUAGGAUAGGUGGUAAUCAACUCGCAUUGACAAGCUUCUUGCAUCUUUUCACAUGUACGCAUUAUACUGACUGUUCAUGGACUUGUACACCAAGUACCUUUCUAACUGCAUGUACACCUCACAGUUCACCUGCAGCCUUCCCUCUGUUCCCUCAGCAUCAGUCAGUCAUGCACCAAGCCGAAUAUGCCACUCUUCCUGAUGCCAGCAAGAAAAUAAAGAAAUAUUAAGUCUU